UCGAAUUCCCAAGACUAUACCACAGUAGUACUGCACACACACUCUCGAUCUUCCUAUUCCUGUCAAAAUGGCGCCUUUGUCAGGGCCUAUGACACGCAAGAGAGCUCUCCGACACCUCCUCCUCCUCUGCCUCAUCCUCCCAUGUCUCUCCCAACCACUCCCGGCUCCUUCCCCCUCGCCGACGGCGGCGCCGACGUUUCCCCUCUCGCCGUUCAACGACCGCCUCGACGCGGCGUACAUCGCGCUGCAGGCGUGGAAGCACGCCAUCAUCGAGGACCCCAAGAACCUGACCGCCAACUGGUGCGGCCCCUUCGUGUGCAACUACACCGGCGUCUUCUGCACGGCGGCGCCCGACGACCCGCACAUCCUCACCGUCGCCGGCGUCGACCUCAACCACGGCCGCAUCGCCGGGUUCCUCCCCGACCACAUCGGCCUCCUCGCCGACGUCGCGCUCCUCCACCUCAACUCCAACCGCUUCCACGGCACGCUGCCGGGGUCCAUGCAGCACAUGCGCCUCCUCUUCGAGCUCGACGUCAGCAACAACCUCCUCUCCGGCGCGUUCCCGUCGUUCCUCACCUCGCUGCCGUCGCUCAAGUACCUCGACCUGCGCUUCAACAAGUUCGACGGGCAGCUCCCAGACGCCGUGUUCGGCCGGCAGCUCAGCCUCGACGCGCUUUUCGCCAACAACAACCGAUUCAACGUGACCCUGUCGUCGCGGACCCUGACCAACUCCACCGCGUCCGUCAUCGUGCUCGCCAACACCGAGCUGAAAGGCUGCCUGCCGCCGAGCAUCGGCGACAUGGCCGACACGCUGGUGGAGCUCGUCCUCCUCAACACCAGCAUCAGCUCCUGCAUCCCGCCGGAGAUCGGCAAGCUCAAGAAGCUCAAGGUGCUGGACCUCAGCCGCAACGAGCUCGCCGGGGAGCUGCCGGAGAGCAUCGGCGACAUGGAGAGCCUUGAGGUGCUCAACGUGGGGUACAACCAGCUGUCCGGCGUGGUGCCGGAGAGCAUCUGCAUGCUGCCGAAGCUCAAGAACCUCACCGUCGCCGGCAACUACUUCUGCGGCGAGCCGGUGUCCUGCCUCCACGUGCCCCUGCGCGACGACCGGAUGAACUGCAUCCCCGAGUGGCCCCACCAGCGCACGCACGAGGAGUGCAUCGCCUUCGAGCACCGCCCGCCGGUGCACUGCGGCGCCGACGGCUGCAUUCUUCAUCACCCGCUGUGAAAAGAAGCUCUCGCAUGGAUGGCUGCAGGGACACUGCGAAGCUGCCCUGCAUGCACGUACGCAUGUGGGUUCUAGAAACAGUGGUCUUGCUACAAUUUUAAAAACGGUUCCUAAUUAAGAGCAAAAAGUUAAGUCGAAUUAUAAAUUUGUGUAAGUUUGAUUAAUUUGUGCCGUCGGUGCCAGACGUGUACUUGGUAGCGAGAAGGGUUUGCAAGUGGGUAUAUUAGGCUUUGACCUUUGUUCUUUUCCUUGUAACUUUUUGUUACCACAUAAAAGGCAUAUUGCUAAUGUAACCCAACACAAAUGUGACAUGUAACUAUAUAUGCCUCUCAAAUAAGAAUUUGAAUAAGGGGGUGCGAAAGUCAUACAUGAUCA